UAUAAAGUAUCAUUUGUUAGGUGAAUUCUACAGUUACUGAAAUCACUAUUAAAUUCUAAAUGAAUGCACAUACAAAUUUUCUGUGGAAGGUAAGUUGUGCUUCUGACACACUGUGGAGUGAAUAAUAGAUGAUUAUUCCCAUCCUAGCUUUACCACUCUAUAAUAAUAGUAAAUAAUGAAAGUAAAUAUUAAAAUUUGAAGUAGCAUUCCUGGAAUACAUAAACGUAUCAGAAUCUUAUCAGUAGUCAAAAGUCAUAUAGUCCAAAUGUGUAUUUUAUAACUUUUUAUUAAGAUGGCAGCUGAUUUCAUUAAUGUGAAGAAGGAAUUUGGAACAAAUGAUUCUGUGGGAACAAAGACAGUGCUCAGGUGUUAAUGUGUUUAUUUUGAGAUGGCUGCAAAUAAGAUUUAGCAGCUCGAUAGGAAAUUUAAUUGGGGGGGGGUUGUGUGGUGCUUUUGGUUUGGGGUUGGUUUUUUUUCAGAAAGGGGAAGUUAUCUUUGCUUCACUACUUGAAGUUGGAUUGAGAGAGACAAAAUUUUAUACAUUGGGAACAAACAAAACGGCAUCAGAUAUGAUGAAGAUCAUAGUGUAAAGUCUGUAUGUAGGACAUGGCUGCCAGGAGGGAGGCAGUGACUAGCUUAUAGGGCUGCGAUUGAUCAGCUGAUUAGUGUGGUCCACAGGUGUCAUUUGAUUUGCUUUAGCAACAUGGGCAAAGAUGGAGCAUUUUUUAAGUUAUUAGUUCUGCUGAGUUUAUAUAUUAAUAAUGCUGUGUUGGCUGGGAUUUUUUUUUUAACAUGCAUGUAACAUGCUUGUUUAAAAAGGAUAACAGCUGACUCUGUUGGCCUGAAUCUAAACAAGCAUUACGGUAUUUUUAAUUAUAUUAAAUUAACACCUGCUCUAUGCUUAGAUUUUUAUAUAGGGUAUGGGUUUUUAUUAACAUAAUUGUAAUGGUAUUCACAUAAUUGAAACAGUGUAAUUGUUAAUGUGGAGGUAGUUCUGCUCAUAUAAAUAAAUAUGUUUAUACAAGUGUAUGUUUCCUAAUAAUAGUAUAAGCAAUGGAGAUGAGAGUAAAAGGUGCUGGUCUAAGGAUAAUGUGAUGUAAAUGCUUGUAUACACAUUGUAAGAAUAAAGAACUCCUGGUUAUGUUAAUUUAGGGUUGGUUUGGGUUUGUUGUUUUUUUUUAAUCUUAUACUUCCUGUAUAUGUAGAAGGUUUGUUUUGAUCACCUGACACUUUUUGGGAAGAAGGCCCUUGCUUUUCUAGUCAGGAUGGCCAACUUGACCUGUUCAUUUUGAGCUUUCAGGAAGUACUUAGAUCUGUUAUAAAAACUGAAUACACGUUCUAGAUUUGAAUAAAGACAUUUUUAGAGAGGGUGUAACUCAUAUUUCUCUACCUGAGGGCCAUAUGCCUCAAGGAGAAAACUACAUUGUUCAGAGCUUCACUGUAGCUAGCUGAUGUUGAAAGGCAAACAUGAGGCUUGAAUUUAGUGUCUCACUCUUAUUUCGCAUUAGUGCUUUUGAAUGCGUAUGACGGUUGAUGGUUUUGAAUAAGAAUGGAAUAAAUACCAUUUUUUCAGCAGUGAGUCACUUUCAGUUACCACCAUUUAUAUCCUUUUUUCUUUUUUUUAAGGUGGUAUUAAAGAUGACUUGGAUGAAAGCUGAUACUGGCUGUUGGGUCUCUAUGAACACAUCACACAUGCAGGUUCUUGACUAUCCAGAUAAUGUGGCAGAAUGUUUCAUUUAAGAUCUACUUUGGGAGUUGUAUCUAAAACCAUUUACAUGGAAUAGAAACUAAAUAACUGUGUAAACAGCCUGUCCACUUCAGCUUAUCCAGUCAUUUAAAUGUAGGAAAAGGGCCUGCUCUCAAGCCUGGCUACACCGUUCGAUGUGUCUUCCCUAUCCCCAGCUCCUCUCUUUCAGGCUUCAGCCUUCAGGCAUUCUUUCUUUCACCCCUUUUUACCUCUUCUGUAUAUUGCUUUCUGAUGUGACUCUGGAUCUGAUAGUUCUUAUCUUGUGCUGCAGCUGGGCCAAAGAAGUUGUCAGUGAUGCGGAUUCAUAGCAGCAACAGUAAGGGGGCAAAAUGUCUCUUGAAAUCUAAGUAGGCAAAACAAUUGUUUAAAAGUGUUUUUUCCCCCCGAAAAGUCAAACUUAAGUUUUUUAUCUUGUUUUGUUUUUGUUUCCCGAUUCCUGCUGCUGCUGCUAUGAAGCCUUUUGAAUAUCGAAGGUUCCUGAGUCAGACUGAAGACAGCAGUAGCUGAGGUGGAUUAACGCUGGAAUGUAGUCAGGGAUUGGAACACUUGGGAGCUAUGCUUAGACAGAAAGGGAAAGAGCAGGAUAUGAUCCUUCUUCUAUGUCCGGGCUUUGGCCUCACACAGUAGGUGUAAUAUAAUCGCUGAGGUGGGCGUUCUGGAAGGAGAAUUAUUUUUGGAGGCUUUUGCAUGAAACUUGUCCAAUGAGUCUGAGACGCCCAAGCACCAUUAAUUUUGGAGGAAAAAGAUGGAGUAUUGCAUGCUGGGAACAAGUGCUUUCCAUAAGGUACAGCAGCAGCUCAUGAUGCCCCGUAAAGCUUUUCUUUCCCAGAAAGAAAAGCAGGCUCGUGCCAGGGAAAGGGAUAUGUUAAAAAAGAGGAGGAGGCGACAAGACUAUCUCAAAAGAAGCGUGGAGCCGCAGAAAAAUGCAGACACAAUAAAAUGGCACAGGGAUGAUGAGAAGAGGAGAGAAAAUGAGCAAGUUAAGGACAAAGAUAUCAAGAAGCGGUGGAGACAGGAUGAGAGAGAACGACGAAAGAAUGUGGACGCUAUGAAUUGGCGCAGGGAAGAUGAGAAGAGGGAAAAUGAGCGAGAAACUAUGUUCCAACUUCCUGUCAACAACCUUGGCAGUUUAAGAAAGGCCCGGAAAACUGUGAAAAAAAUACUUAGUGACAUUGGUUUGGAAUACUGUAAGGAACAUAUAGAAGAUUUUAAGCAGUUUGAACCUAAUGACUUUUAUUUGAAAAACACUACAUGGGAAGAUGUAGGAUUGUGGGACCCAUCGCUUACAAAAAAUCAGGACUAUCGGACAAAGCCCUUUUGCUGCAGUGCAUGUCCAUUUUCCUCGAAGUUCUUUUCAGCGUACAAAAGCCACUUCCGGAAUGUUCAUAGCGAAGACUUUGAAAAUAGGAUUCUCCUUAAUUGUCCUUACUGUACUUUCAAUGCGGACAAAAAGACUUUGGAAACGCACAUUAAAAUAUUUCAUGCUCCAAAUGCCAAUACACCAAGUGGAGGCAUCAGCACUUUUAAAGAUAAAAACAAACAUGAUAGCCUUAAACCUAAGCAGGCUGACAGUGUAGAGCAAGCUGUUUAUUACUGUAAGAAGUGCACUUACCGAGAUCCUCUGUAUGAAAUAGUUAGAAAGCACAUUUACAGGGAACAUUUUCAGCAUGUUGCUGCUCCUUACGUAGCGAAGGGAGGUGAAAAGUCACUCAAUGGUGCAGUUCCGUUAAGCUCCAGUACCCGAGAGGAGGGUAGUAUUCACUGCAAACGAUGCCUUUUUAUGCCGAAAUCAUACGAAGCUUUAGUACAGCAUGUUAUCGAAGACCAUGAACGUAUAGGAUACCAGGUAACAGCAAUGAUAGGUCACACUAAUGUAGUGGUUCCAAGAUCUAAACCUUUGAUGCUCAUAGCUCCAAAACCCCAGGAUAAAAAGCCUAUGGGACUCCCUCAGAGGAUGGGUCCCCUUUCCCCUGGAAGCGUUCGAUCUCUUUCAUCACAACAGAUGAUGAACAGACUCACUAUACCAAAGCCUACGUUAAAUUCCGCAGGAGUGAAUAUGAUGUCAAAUGUUCAUCUCCAACAAAACAAUUACGGAGUCAAAUCAGUACCACCAAGUUACGUUGGUCAGCCAGGGGGAAGGCUAAACUUAAGUGGUAAUGCACCAGUUUCUAUUCCACAACAGUCGCAAACAAUGAAACAGUUUUCAGCAAGUGGAAAUGGAAGGCCUUAUACUCUUGGAGGGGAACAAAGAUCACAGGCCUCGGCAAGAUACUCUCUUCAGUCUGCCAAUUCAUCUUCUCUUUCAUCAGCUCAGUUGAAACAGACGUCAUUAUCUCAGUCACAGGCAGCUUCAAGAGUAUUAGGUCAGUCUGGCUCAAAAUCUCCCGUAGCUGCUACAGGUCCUUCCACUGUCAAUACAUCAUCCACACAGAAGUGGAAAAUCUGUACAAUCUGUAAUGAGCUGUUUCCUGAAAAUGUGUAUAGUGUCCACUUUGAGAAGGAGCACAAGGCUGAAAAGGUGCCUGCAGUAGCUAACUAUAUAAUGAAAAUACACAAUUUCACUAGCAAAUGUCUAUACUGUAAUCGCUAUUUACCCACUGAUACAUUGCUUAAUCAUAUGUUAAUACAUGGUCUGUCUUGUCCGUAUUGCCGCUCAACCUUCAAUGAUGUUGAAAAGAUGGCUGCUCACAUGCGAAUGGUUCAUGUUGAUGAAGAAAUGGGACCUAAAACUGACUCCACUCUAACCUUUGAUUUGACAUUGCAGCAGGGUAGUCACACGAAUAUACAUCUUCUUGUAACCACCUACAACCUGAGAGAUGCUCCUGCUGAAUCUGUUGCUUACCACGCUCAGAAUACUCCCCCAGUUCCUCCAAAACCACAGCCGAAAAUCCAGGAGAAGUCUGAUGUACCUGUAAAAAGUUCACCACAAGCAGCAGUUCCCUACAAAAAAGAUGUGGGGAAAACUCUCUGUCCUCUGUGCUUUUCAAUCCUAAAAGGACCCAUCUCUGAUGCACUGGCACAUCAUCUACGGGAGAGGCAUCAAGUGAUUCAGACAGUCCAUCCGGUUGAGAAGAAGUUAACCUACAAAUGCAUUCAUUGCCUUGGUGUAUAUACUAGUAACAUGACUGCCUCAACGAUAACGCUGCACCUUGUUCACUGCAGAGGUGUGGGGAAGACUCAGAAUGGCCAGGACAAAGGUACCUCGUCAUCUCGGCUAAGUCAGUCUCCAGCUGUAGCACCUGUAAAACGUACUUAUGAACACAUGGAGUUCUCGCUAAUGAAGAAGAGGAAAAUGGAUGAUGAUGACUCCCCAUCUGCCUUUGAGGAGAAGCCUGAAGAACCUGUAGUUCUAGCAUUGGACCCCAAGGGCCAUGAAGAUGAUUCCUAUGAGGCCAGGAAAACAUUUCUUACAAAGUAUUUUAAUAAACAACCAUAUCCCACUAGGAGAGAGAUUGAAAAGCUGGCUGCCAGUUUGUGGCUCUGGAAAUCUGAUAUUGCGUCUCAUUUUAGUAACAAAAGGAAGAAAUGUGUUAGAGAUUGUGAGAAAUACAAACCUGGUGUGCUGCUUGGUUUCAAUAUGAAAGAGUUAAACAAGGUUAAACAUGAAAUGGAUUUCGAUGCUGAAUGGCUGUUUGAAAACCACGACGAAAAGAAUUCCAGAGUCAAUGUUAGUAAAACUGUUGAUAAAAAAAUAAACUUAGAAAAAGACAAUGAAAGUUCCUCGGACAGCUAUGAAAAUAUAGAAGAGGAAUACAAUGAAAGCGGUAGUCCCUUCGGUCAGCGUAUUUCUGACGUUGGUGGGAAAACCUCUUCUGAUACCAUAGCGGAGAACCCCGAGGACAGCAUAUCCAAGGAAAUCGUUGAAGAAAACGCAUUGCAGUCUCCAGAGAAGUCUGAUCAAAAACAAGAGAAAAGCUCUAAAUAUGAAGAGAUUAUUUCUGCUGAAGAACCAACGAAACUAGCAGGUGAUGUUUCAGAUAGCGAAGGUGAUCAGGAUGAUCAAGAGGAUACUGUUGAAUGGAAAGAUGGAGCUUCACAGUCUGAAAGCGGGCCUGGUUCUCAGCAGGUGUCUGAUUUUGAAGAUAAUACAUCAGAAGUAAAACCAGAAGCGUGGACAGAUGAAUCCUCCCAAAGCGAAGAUGCCGGUAGCAGUAAACCGGCUGCUGAGACAAAAGGGGGUGGAUCUGAAAGUGAUGAAGAACAGUCAAAGUGGAAGAAUCGUUCCUAUGGAAAAGUAGAAGAGUUUUGGUCUAAGGACCAGUCGCAAUGGAAAAAUGCAUCAGAGAUGGAGGAGAGCUUGUCAAACCAGCAGAUGGAAUGGCAGAAUAGCACAAUUGACAGUGAGGAUGGAGAUCAGUUUGACAGUGUGACUGAUGGAGUAGCAGAACCAAUGCACAGCAGCUUAACUGGCGUGGAGCUGAGCAGCCAGCAAGCGUGAUCUGCUCAAUUCAGAGGUGUCAGUAGUAGGAUCUGAUCUACAACUGUCUAAACACUUUCAUUUCAGUAUGACUGCUAAGCUUCAAUUCUUACUGGUACUGCCUUUCAAGUGCUAGGUCAUGGUGUGUGGUGGUUGUGGCCACUGUUACUCCAGUGGUUAUUAAGGAUGCUGUUGGCUAAUCUUGCUUGAGGAUAUCUGCUGGGAUGAGCACAGUAACUUAAUGUGAAAACAGAUAAGCUGGUGGCUCCAGAAUGCACACAGAGAAAAGCAGAGGUUUAUUUUAUCUGCAUUUUCAACAUUUAUUUCACUCUUGUACAUGUUCAGUUGUAUGUCUUUUUAAACAUUACCCUUUUCACAUGGUAGUGUAGGGCCAACCAUACAAGCUACCAGUUCAACGUGUAUAGUAGACUAUGGGGAAAUUGAUUUUUUUUCAUGUAUCAUUCUGAAUAGUUGAAAUGUAUAUUUGUACAGUCUUUUAGACCUAUUCAAGUGAAGCUUAUGAAAUUGUUCUUGUGUACCCAUCAUAGAUUUGUUUCUCUUUUUUAGUGUUGCCCUGCUGUGUAAUAAAUGCUGUAUCUAGUUUACCUAGCAAAAGCUUGAAACUGCUAUAGUAAGAAUUUUGACAAACUUAGUUUUUGCACAUAACCUUGUACAAUCUCAAAACAGAGGCCAGCAACAUAAAAAAAAAAUAUAUCUGGACUCUAUUGUAUUAUAGAAUUUUCUUGUUCUGAAUAUCCUUGACAUUACAACUGAUGACAAACGUAUUUCAGAGCCAUUUUCUGAAAUCUUUUAAGCUAAAAAAGAAAAAUCACAUGCAAGAAACAAGUUUGCAGCUACUAAUUUUGACACCUUUUAGAUCUGUAUAAAAGUGUAUUGUGUUGAGCAGCACACUGAAACAAAAGUGCUGUGUUUUGGAUAUUUAGUUUUAUCUUUAGUUAACACCAACAAGGUGUUGUAUUCAUUUAUACCAUCUAAUAUAUGACACACUGUUGUAGUAUGUAUAAUUUUGUGAUCUUUAUUUCCCUUUGUAUUCUUCAUUUAAGCAUCUAAAUAAAUUGCUGUAUUGUGCUUAAUGUAAAUAUCUGCUUUAUUACAUGCAAGUGCUUCAUUCCUGUUUGGUAAAUCCUAUCUGCUACAUGUGUUCCUUUUUCCCCCCCACCCCAGUGUGCUCCACAGCUCUGCUGGGGCACGGCUCUAUAGUACUUUCUUACUGAAUAGACUGAUCUCUUCAAGAAUAUUGAAAAUCCUACAAAACUAA